GUGAUUGGUUUGAUCAUUGUCGCAAUGUAGACAGCGCCUCACAUAGCAGAAUGCUAUUUUAAAACUAGUGUAGUUAUUUGUUUAUUCAGUUCCGUCUGCUUCAAAACGUUUUUUACCAGCUCUUGUAGGCUAGCAGCAGACUGAGGGAUUCUUUCUGGUAAGAAAAUAGAGGAAACUUCAACACUGCAGUUAUGAAGAAAAAAGUUAAACACAACAAACCAAAGUCGUUGAAUGAAAAUGCACAGAAGGCAGAGAGUUUAGUUGCAUCUGGUAUGUCUCAGAGAAAAAAUGUCCAGACUAAUCAAACUGCGAAAAGCUCUGGGGAAGCUUCUACUAAAGUGAAGGGGAAAAGCAUCCCAGUUAAUGUUGUGUCUGCAACAAGCAGUACAACCAGAGAGAGAGCCCCCAUUAAGACCACAUCUGUUGCUUCUAAAACAGUGAGACCAGGUACUAGACUGAAGUCAUCCCCUAAUGCAAAACAGAUGCCAGACAUGAAGAAGGAGCAUGGUGUUCGCAGGCGAUCAUCUGUUCAGAAAAUCGUGACUCUGAAAUACCCAUUGAGUCCAGUUGUCAAAAGAAAGGGACACGUCACAAGAAUGAAAGCUGUGGCAGAGAAGAAACGAGCUGAGAUGUUGCAGGUCUCUGGUAUAUCAACUAGGCCAGAAAAUUUUCAGAUUGAUGAGAUCGAUUCUCCUCCCCAGAAGAAACAAAAACAAAAAACAAGAAUGGUUAGAGAAAAACUGCCAUCCGUUACAAAAAUGCAACAGCCUUGCAGUUCAAAACAGAAGAAGCCACACCCUGCUGCAGUAGAAAGUUGGCCAGUUUUAUCCCAAGAUGCUAAAGAUUACUUGAGUACUGUGUUCGAGCUGUCAAUACUCUCUGUUUUAGGUCAGAAGCUUCCUAGGAAAGAAGACUCCCAGCUGCAUCUUAACCGUCUGAAGCAAAGGUUCCUUGCUCGCUGUGAGAAUUUAAGGGCACCUGAAGGCGUAGUGACAAACUUGAAAUCUCUAUCAUAUGUGCAUUCUGAAGAGAGAGCGAAGCUAAGUGCUAGUGAAGCAAAACUGCAUGCAAUAGAGGAGGAAACUGAUAAGACCACAAAGUUAUUGGAAAGGAUAUCUGAAGAAACAGAAAGCCUAGAGGAGAAGAUACGGCUACUGAGUGACCGUUUGGAAGAAGCGGCAACAGAUCAGGUUGAUCUGCAACAAAACACAGGAGUCCUUCAACUACCUGAUCUUCCAGUGUCAAGUAUUGAAGCCCCAUUACUUCAGGAGAAGUUACUCAAGAUUCCUAACAGCUGUGCUGUUCUGCAAGACCUGAUUGAAAUCCAGAAAAGCAAAGACAUGAAGAAUAUGCUUAUAUUUCUGGAGCAGGCCUAUGAGGAGGUAGAUUAACAGUGAUGAGAGUGAACAUUUCUGGACAUAAAUGGGUACACAUACUCACAAAUCACUGCUGAUCAAGUUAUUGUUAACUCAGUUCAAUUGAUGCAGUUCUCUGUCUUUGGGAAAUCACAUACUCUCGUGAUAUUUGCCACACAGGUAUUUUAUGUUUAACCAGCAUUUGAAUAAAAUAGUAAAAUGAUAAACAUAAA